GUUGUGCGAGGGUGGAAUUUCUAAAAAAGAUCAUACUGUUUUCUUUUCUUUCGCUCACCUUCAUAAUGACGUAGCAAUCACGCGUUUUUACUUUGAAUUUUUCGAACUUUUAACUUUCUUACUGUCUUUCGUGUUACCCAUUUUCACGUCUCUCUCUAUAUCUCUCUCUAUUCGCCAUGCCGCAACCGUCAAACACGUCUAAUAAAUCAGAGAUAACCAAAGCCGCAGAGCCUAGAUAUGGCGUGGCUUUUGACUCCUGGAAUUCGUCGGCUACCGGCCAUCAGCGCGCCGAGAAUCAUCUGGGUAGAAGCACGGGAUGGCGCCAGUCCCGGAACCUGAAGUUGACGAGCCAGUUCAGAGGGGGCCCGGGCGGCGGAUCGAGAGUAUCAGACACGGUCGGUGCGGGUUCGGAAGACUGGGACCCCAAGCUGAAAGCUCUUGUCACGCCUGAGCUGCGGUCACGCGCUAGGUGUUCCGUCAGGGAUAUGCUUGCAAAGCCAGGGAUCAUGGCAACGAGCAUGGCUUCGUCAUCGAUGCCGACGCCAAUGCUUACGCCUGCGGCACCAGACGCGCAUUCUACUAGUAUCUUAAAUGACGGAAAUGACGGGGACUGCAGUGGUAACGGUUGUGGCCCGAUAGCCGAAGAGAAGCUCAUGGCUCAGCGUAAAGCUGAAGAUGAAGCGCGAGAGGCGGCAAAAGCACAGCCCAAGAAAAUCUUCGACGGCGUUGUGGUGUAUAUCAAUGGCAGCACGCACCCCUUGAUAUCUGACCACGAACUCAAACACGUCCUAGCAGAACACGGUGGCAGAACAUCCAUCAAUCUAGGACGAAAACAGGUGACUCACGUAAUCUUAGGUAGACCAGCCGGAAGGCCUAGAGGUGCCGGUGGGGGUCUGGCGGGAGGAAAGUUGCAAAAGGAGAUACAGAAGGUAGGUGGAUGCGGGAUGAAGUUUGUGGGUGCCGAAUGGGUUCUCGAGAGCAUAAAAGCAGGAAAACGCCUCCCGGAAGCAAGAUUCAGCAAUCUGAAGAUGGCGUCAAAAGGUCAGCAGAGCGUAUAUGGUUUAUACUCGGCGACCAAGAAUCCUGCGGAACAGUCCACAUCUACGUGAUAACCAACGAACGCGCCUAGGUGUCACCUGGCUUUGUUGAAUCUACGACGCUGCUCGUUUUAUUAUAGCACACGCCACGAUCAACAGGGGAUUGGUUGGUUGGUUGGUUGGUUGGUUGCAUCCAGGGUUUACAGCAUUGCUGCACAUUGCAUUAUGAGAUACAUGAGGUUGGUUACUUUGCAUGACACAUCCAGCAUAUAGAGCAUCAGUUGCAUUAGUAGUCGAGAGGGUCGGUAUGUACUCGGGCGGGCUACCGGGAGUUCUUGGCUUACGGUUGCAUGGGCGUCGGGGAAUUGCCGGUCGGCUCGUCGUAAUUCAUAGAUUUCGGUUCCUCGGAUUGUAACAUCUUCAUACGGGUUGGUUUUUUUUUUCUAAACAUGGGCGUCCGUUCCAUAAAGCCGGUUCGCGUAAAUGCUGCCAAACCGGUCAAGUUGCAAUAUAAUGUUUUAUUGUCUACCUUCUUCGUACCUUGUCGCUUAAGUUAAUGCACCGUGUGAACAGACCCAUAUAUCCCGUAACUUGCUAUAGCAUAACUCUUCGUAACCAUAUUCAUAAAACAUCUCACAUCUUGCCGUCGUUCUCAUGUUAGACAAAAAUGUAAGCAUAUGCGAUAUUUCCCAUCAGAAAACCACCUCGAACCGCUUUGAAGUAUUUGAGGUCUUAGCCUUUCUUCAUGACUCGGUAUAAAUGGGGUUUACCGAGG